AUGCAGAUGUUCAAUGGUACCCGCUAUCAGCCAAUCUAUUUCAUCCUUUCUGGCAUACCAGGGCUGGAGUCCAUGCAAAUCUGGAUUUCCAUACCACUGAGUGUCAUGUAUAUGAUUGCUCUUCUGGGAAACUGCAUUAUCCUCUAUGUUAUACAGAAAAACCCUAGCCUACAUGAGCCCCAGUACAUCUUCCUGUCCAUGCUGGCAGGAACAGACGUAGGCAUGUCUGCAUCCACACUGCCCACAGUGCUCAAUGUCUUCCUCUUUAAUCAUCCUGAGAUUGAGUUUCAUGGCUGCCUGGCCCAGAUGUUCUUCAUACACACAUUCUCUUCCAUGGAGUCUGCCAUCCUUCUUGCUAUGGCCUUUGACCGCUUUGUGGCCAUACGCAACCCACUGCACUACACUAUGGUCCUGACCCAUUCUCGGAUAAUUGGAAUGGGACUGGCAGCUGUCAUGAGGGGCGUUGCUCUAAUGGCACCUUUGCCCAUACUGCUCAAACGACUUCCAUUUUGCAAGAGCAUCAUUCUCUCGCAUUCCUUCUGCUUCCAUCCCGAUGUGAUGAAGUUGGCCUGUGGUUCCAUCAGGGUCAACAUUAUCUAUGGCCUGGCCCUAGUUCUCUGCUCCUUUGGCAUUGACUCUGUAUUCAUCGUCCUCUCUUAUGCCCUUAUCCUAAAGACAGUUUUGGGUAUUGCUUCCCAAGAGGGACGCCUCAAAGCCCUCAACACCUGUGUUUCACAUAUCCUCACUGUUCUCAUCUUCUAUGUGCCACUUAUUGCUUUGGCCUUGAUCCACAGAAUUGGCAAGUACCACUCCCCACUUCCUCAUGUCACCAUGUCCAAUAUCUUCCUUUUCCUCACACCUGUUCUCAACCCAUUGGUAUAUAGCAUAAAAACUAAGCAAAUCAGAGCUGUUUUAUUCAAGCUGUUCAAUCUUUGGGGAUCCAUUUUCAAAGAUUUUACUUUCCUUCUUUCAUGA